UGUUUCUCUUUUCCAUAGGUGCUGCCCAGCCUGCUGAGUUCCUCCAGCAUUUUGUGUGUGUUGCUUGGAUUUCCAGCAUCUGCAGAUUUUCUCGUUUGUGAUUGAAACUGUUUAACUUGAUUCAUUAAAAUGCGUGAACACAAGUAGUACAGAAACAUUUAUUUUAAGUUUAAUUUCUUCUAGAAAAAACUGCAGAAAUGACCUCAAACAUAUGGAACAUCAGAGAGAUGUUAAACAUUCCAACAGGACCUGGGAUGACUAAAUCUGCCACUUGGAAUAGUGCUCCCAGUGACCAUUCCAGUUUGACUGAUUCUCAGUUUCUUUUCGGAUCACAAUUUUGCCCUGAAAAUUCAGAGUCUCAGGAUUUUAACCUGCCUUCAAGAACCCAGAGGAACUCCCAGCAGAACUCACAACACAAUGAAAGUGAAUUGAAAUUUUAUGAAAAAUACCAAGCUAAACCACAUAUUUUUGCUAUGGAAAAUAAAGAAACUUGCUCUGUUACUCAGCUUUGCUUUGGGAAACCCAAAGGAUUUUUGGAGCAGUUUGAAAUAAGCAAGCGAAAAGCAAAAGAAAAGCAAGAAAGUGAGUACUUCAAUAACUGGAUUUCUAAGCUCCAGGACAAUGUUGAAGGGUACAAGAAAACAUAAACACACACUAUGAAACAAUAGUGAGUGCUUUGGAAGCAAAAAGCAGUAGAGAGCAAAUUCUAGAAAUGGAUAAAAGACUUGUGGCU